GCCCCCUCGCCCUUUGUCUCUGGCGCCGGGGAAGCUCCGGCGGCUGCGAGAGGCGGACAGCAGCCGCAGACUCCACCUCUUCCUCGAGGGGAAGCCCUCCUCCCGGCCUGCCCAGUCCUCCUGCCGCCGCCGAUCGCUCUCCUGCCGCCUGCCUCCUCUUGCAGGUGUAACAGCACCAGGGACCCGCGGGCCGGACCGCCGCCGCCGCCGAGACGCCUCCGCGCUCCUCUUCCUUCCCAGCUUUUCGGUGGGGACUGAAGUGUGACCCUCCGUCGAACACCAUAUAUGCUUCAGCACUUGGAUGCUUCAAGGCAUGGAUGGGAAGAAAUGCAGCGUAUGGAUGUUCUUACCUCUUGUGUUGACACUGUUUACCUCAGCAGGACUGUGGAUUGUGUAUUUUAUAGCAGUAGAAGACAACAACAUUAUUCCGCUAAAUGUGCUGGACAGGAAGGAAGGUCCUCAAAAGCCUCCUUAUAUAAGUAUUGCAGGUGACGCCCCUCCUGCAAGCUGUGUGUUUAGCCAAGUCAUGAACAUGGCAGCAUUUCUAGCGCUUGUCGUGGCUGUCCUUCGCUUUAUUCAGCUAAAACCAAAAGUUUUGAAUCCCUGGCUCAAUGUGAGUGGCCUGGUGGCGUUGUGCUUGGCCUCCUUCGGAAUGACUUUGCUGGGCAAUUUCCAGCUUUCGAACGAUGAAGAAAUCCAUAAUGUGGGCACAUCCCUGACCUUUGGUUUCGGCACCCUGGCCUGCUGGAUUCAGUCUGCCCUAACGCUCAAAAUAAACUUGAAGAAUGAAGGAAGGAAAGCUGGGAUCCCACGAGUCGUCUUGUCGGCAGCGAUAACCCUCUGCGUCGUCCUUUAUUUCAUCUUGAUGUCCCAGAAGUUCCACAUGCACGCUGCGCGGAUACAGUGGGGAAUGGUGAUGUGCUUCCUCUGCUACUUCGGCUCCUUUGCUGUGGAGUUCAGACACUACCGCUUCGAGAUCAUCUGCUCCGAGUACCAGGAGAACUUCCUCAGCUUUUCCGAAAGCCUCUCCGAAGCGUCCGAGUACCAAACAGAUCAGGUGUAACCCAGGCCACACUCUUUCUCUCCUUUUGUCAUGGCGUUAGGUUCUUGUAGACACAUGGUUGAACCCCUGGUCCUAUUCCUCCCCCUUUUCUUUUUUUUAAUACUUGCUCAUUUUCCAUGCCUACAAGUUGCCAAAAAGUAUUCCCCCCC